AUGACAGAUGAAAAAGACAGUGAUCAUGUUAAAUCUAGUGGUACGAGGAAUGAUGAGAAAAAAGAUGAUCCCAAUGGUGUAACUAAGGAGAACAUUGAGAAAAAAAAAAAAGAGGGAAACAAGAAGAACAAACAAGCUGAGACUUCUGAAAAAGAUGAUGAAAUGAACAAAGAGAAGGAGCUAAACAAGAACAAGAGCAUAGAUAAAGAAAAAGAACAACAGAAGGAAGGAGGAAGCAUGGAUGAAGGACAUCAAGAAGUUGAUACUAAUACAGUGCAAUUUAAAGCUGGAACUUCACAUCAGAAUGGCAAGAAAGGGGAGAAAAGAGGGAAACAGAAAAAGUAUUACAAGAAGAAGAUGCCAAAAAUGAAAAAUGUUAUGCUCUCAGCUGCUUUACCCAAGAAUAAGUCAGUACAAAUUCUGCAAGAUGAGAAGGAUAUUCAAGAAGAAGAGGAUCAACAUGGAAAGGAAAAGUCUAGGACUCAAAGUAACACCAUUGACUAG